AUGAGCAGCAAGAAGCCGCAGUCUGUCUCAGGUGUUGGGAGGUGCAGGCAUGGGGGCGGGAAUCACCAAGAGCCAGGCAGCUCCUGCCACAAAGGAGAGGCCAGGUUAAAGUGUCAGCUGUGUGAUAAAACCUUUGAAUCUAAAAGUAAGGUGAGGCUCCAUGCCCAGAAACACAGUGGUGUUAAGGACUUAGAGCAUGGGAAGUGUGGCAGGAAAUUUACCUUAAAAAAUCAUCUCACCAGACACAUAAAGGCACACACUGGAGUGAGGAAUUAUGAGUGUGAGGAACACAUCAAGGCACACAGUGGAGUCAAGAAGUAUGAUUGUGAGGAGUGUGGAAAGAAAUUUUCCACACAGGGUAACCUCACCACACACACCCUGAUACACAGUGGUGCAAAAAGGAGUGUCAGGCAUCACAAGUGUGAAGAGUGUGGUAUGAAAUUUACCGUAAAGAGUAAUCUCACUAGACACAUCAAGGCACACAGUGGAGUCAAGAAUUAUAAGUGUGGGGAGUGUGGCAAGAAAUUUUCCACACGGGGUAACCUCACCACACACAUUGUGACACACACUGGUGUCAGGAACUAUGAGUGUGAAGAGUGUGGCAUGAAAUUUACCAUAAAGAGUAAUCUCACCAGACACAUCAAGGCACACAGUGGAGUCAAGAAGUAUGAGUGUGAGGAGUGUGGCAAGAAAUUUGCCACAAAGAGUAACCUCACCACACACACCCUGACACACAAUGAUAUCAGGAAGUAUAAGUGUAAGGAGUGUGGCAAGAAAUUUGCCACAAAGAGUAACCUCACCACACACACCGUGACACACAAUGGUAUCAGGAAGUAUAAGUGUAAGGAGUGUGUGUCAGGAAUUGAGUGUGAGGAAUAUGGGGAAAUAUUUCUUACCAUUGGUGCUCUCAACAGACAUGCCUUCAGACACACAGGCUUGUUCAAGUGUUCAAGUGUGGCAAGUGUUUCAAGACAGAGCCAGAAUUUGCUGGCCACAUGA